CUCCAAAGAACCGUCUUAACACCUUUGUCAAUGUGUACCCUUACAUCAUCCCCAGGAAAUGACCAGCGCAACCUGACGGCAUCGCUGGUUAAGGCUUUAGGUGAAGAAUGCGCCGAGUUCUGUAUCUGGUUGCCUGUACAGGCGUCACGGCGCCAUUGAUCAACAGAUCCAGUAGCGUCUUGUACUCUCGGUCGUCUUUUCUUUCUAUUUAUUGUGAGCGUUCAGGUCCGGGGCAUUUAAGGGACCUCUGUUCUCCUUUUCGAGUGUGUUUCUUAGUGUGUUCGCCACAGUCUCAGUCAGGGUGUCGAUGCCAAUGGCCGCUAAGCUGUAAGGGUAAAGCAAAUAUUCGAGAAGUUUAAGCGUAAAUUGGAGAAGUGAUUAUGAAUGUGG